GGCGGCUUUAUCUGAUUUUUUUUUUUAAUUCUCUUCUUUACUUUUCUGAUUCUCUCUCUGAAUUCGGCACCGACGCCAUGCCCUUUCCGUCAUCGCCAUCUUCUUCCUUCAUCGUCUUCCGUCUCUUUCGCGGGGAAUAAUUAAGGUCAUUCUCGUCCCCCUCUUCCAUUCGUGUCUCUGCGUUGAAUGAUUUUCCCGGCGGGUUGUUUGUUUCCAGGGAAGAAAGAAAAGAACGGGAGAUUCAAACUGCGGUGUGAUUGAUUAUUUCUGUUUUUUUCCCCUUCUCCUGGGUGUAUCGGGUACGCUUAGUUCGGUUUCGUUGUCCGGUUUUCUACGCUGAAUUGCGAUUUAGGGGUCGUGUUUCUUGACCGAGUUGCCGUGGUAGAUUUCAUCUGCAAAUUCGGUUAUAGAUUCUUGUGUGGGAGCGAGAUUGAUCGAGCUGUGAAAAUCAAUGCGAGUUUGACUUUGGAACUGAAUUCUGGGUGCUAAUCACGGCGAUUAUUGAUCUAGUUUGGAUUGGCAGAGUAAAUUUCCAUCUCAAUCGGGUCAUGACACAAGUAUCGCCAGCUUUUUUCGUGCUUCAUCGUUCUGUUUCCAGCUCGUAGUUAUCGUGAAUGAACUCUUGAUGGGCCCUUGGCGAUGGUGGCUACUACUAAUCGAUGCUCAUUACUCGUGUGUUUAAUGCAGGAGUCUUUUUUGGAUUUCUUUCUCUAGGAGAAUUGGCGUUUCUUGGUUGUCUCUUGAGCUGAAUAUUUUGUACAAUCUGGUCCACCAUCAUUGUAAGGUUGAAGCGAGGAACCCCUGCUGAUGAAGUGUUUACACGAAAGUUGAUGAAUUGAGGUGUUCCAGUAGGGAGACUGUUCAGAUUGCCUGAUGGGUGUAAGCUAUUUAGCGAUUUCAGCAGUGUCGACUGCUUUGAGCUUUGUAGGUCUCCAGUAUCAGGCAGAGUUUUCGUUGGAUAAACUACGAGCCAAUGGGUUAAUUGGUGAGGAUUCUGUUAAUCUAGAGAAUGCCAACGAUGCCCUGGGGUUGCUAUUGGGGUCUUAUGCCACCACUGCAUUGCUGGCAAAUUUUCUGUUCAACGUGUUUAUACUGCUCAACCUUUGCCUUAAGAGUAUCUUCUUUGCGGACUUGUACCCUUCUGAAACUCGGAAACUUGUAGAACGUCUUGUCAAUUAUGUUAUUUACAAGGGAACCUUUCUACCUCUGGUUAUUCCUCCCACUGUAUUUCAAGUUGGGUUGUGGUUGAUCUGGCUGACAAUUAUGUGUUCUUUGAAGAUGUUUCAAGCUUUGGCUAGAGAUCGGCUCGAACGGUUGAAUGCCUCUCCUUCAGCUCAGCCAUGGACGUACUUUCGCGUGUAUUCAGCAUUGUUGUUUGUACUCUCUGUUGACCUUUUCUGCAUUGCUUUUGAGACAUUGCAAGCUAUGUUAGUCCACGGAUUUCAAUUGCUUGACAUUUGGCUCCACCAUUCUGCUGGUGACAGUGCUAACUGUCAAAGAUUCAAGUUCUUUGAUACCCUCAGAGCAGGUUCAUUGUGGGAGUGGAAAGGCACUCUUACUCGAAAUCUGGGGUUUGCCCUGGAUAUGGCUACACUGUUAAUGGCACUUGGCCAUUAUGUGCACAUAUGGUGGCUCCAUGGGGUGUCAUUUCACCUUGUUGAUGCAGUCCUUGUUCCUAAAUAUAAGGUCAUGCAUGGUUUGUUGCAGGCCUUGUUAAGUGCUAUCAUAAAGCGUGUAAAAGGAUUCACCAAACUGAGAAUGGCUCUAGGCGCUCUUCAUGCAGCACUUCCUGAUGCUACAUCAGAGGAGCUACGGGCAUACGAUGAUGAAUGUGCCAUUUGCAGGGAACCCAUGGCAAAAGCAAAAAGGCUUCACUGCAGUCACCUUUUUCAUCUUCCAUGCUUGCGAUCUUGAAGUGCAGGGCUUGAUUCAAGUUGGUUGCCUCAAUGGCCAAACCAGGGUGUAGAUGGAGGAGCCGGCCCCUCAAACAAUGCUAUGAGAUCAGCUGGGUUGGGGAGAGUUCAGAUGAUGAUGAGACAUCUUGCGUCAGUGGGAGAAACAUAUGCCCAGACUGCCCUCGAAGAUGCUGCUUGGAGCCUAUGGCCUAUGAAUCAUCCUUCUCAGGGUAUGGCAUCUGGUUUGCCACCCAUCCCACCAGAUCCCACCACCGCGGGAAGAUACCCGGGUGGGGUGAGUGGUGGAGGUUUACAUAUGAGGACUCCCUCACGCCCUGUAAACGACAACAUGGCUAACUUGCUUGCUAUGGCUGAGACAGUACGUGAAGUUUUGCCUCACAUUCCAGAUGAGUUAGUACUCGAGGACUUACAGCGAACAAACUCGGUUGCUGUUACUGUGAAUAAUCUUCUUCAAAUGUGAGAUCUUACGACAAUGGCAUGUUGGGGACGGAGCAAUCUUCUAAGUGCAGAGUGAGCAAAGAACCUGUCCUCCUUUUUGUAGUAUUACUUACCGAGGCAAAGCGACAGGUUCGCGCGAGUUCAGCUGAGCUCAGGGCGUUAGAAAAAAGAAAGCUUUUCAGUUUCUGAUUACUACAAUCACUUCUUUUUGGUUUUUCUCUUCAAUUGCCUUCCUUCAUAUACCCAAAUGCCUGGCGGUGUAUAUAGGUCUUGUGUAUCUCAAUAGAGAAGCGAGUUUGUGUCUGUUACUACAUUGCUUCUGUUGAAUAGGGAGCAAGAAAAUCAUAAAGGACCGAAGUAAAUGACCAUUUGGGAGGCAAUAAUAAGCAUCAGGGGGAACACAACACAGGUGGCCCUUUUCUGGCCCCUCUCACUGUCUCUUGGUGUUUCGAUACGAGCCCUCUGCGCGCCCUUGUGGUGUGCUUCGGCUGUCACUUCGGAGCUUUCCUUUCAUGGCCAGUUGGAAGCAGGGCAGGUUCUUGAUGUUAUUCUAUAGUACUUGCAAGAUAUGGUCUAAUGGAAUCCUGUUUUUCUUUUAUCUCUCUUGUCGAUGAAUGUGUCGCGCAAUUGGCCGUUUUCAAAUCUUGUAUGCGGGCAUCUGGUUUGGUAAUUUGGACCUGGCUUGUUUGAUUCGAAUGUUUUGGCCAGUCUAAGAAUUUUCCUUUCCUUUCAUUUCCCUCAGUCCUGCCUAGUCCUGGUGCGUUUUCGACCUGUGGUGUUCAAUCUGACUUGACGAUAAAGUGAUGGUCUCAUUUCUCGUAUUGUUCGUGAAUUGGUCGG